AUGCACAUGAAAUCUAUUGUGAAUUGCCACAGCUUUUGUUUGUAUCUUUGAUUUCACUAAAUGAUAUUCAGCGACGAGUGGGGAAAAGUGAAAUUACAGUCUACCUGAAACAUCACGGUUUUUAGUGAAAAAUAUUUCGAAAAACGUAUUUCAAUAUGAAGCACAAUAAAUUAUAUUGUGUUUUGUUUGCUUUGUGCUUAGUGACGCAUAGUAUUGUUUUGGCAAGUGCCAGCCGUACAAAAGGCAGUAAUCGCAAAACAUCAUCUAAUAGUCAUGUGACGAGACCAACUCACUCUACAAACACUGGCAAUUCUCAUUCAGAUUUGGCAAAAUUAAGUUAUUCGAAUUAUAACUCACAACCAAAUCGACCAGCAAACACAGGCACAGCUUCUCAUACUCCUGCACCAAUUGGUUGGAAUGUACCAAAUAAACAAGGACCGCCACCAGCGUAUUCAGCUAAUAAUCCUGUUGGAGGAGCAAAAACGAAUAUACAUGAGGCACCACCUAAUUACGGAGCAAGUGGAACAAACGUACAUACACCAAUAACUGCUACAAAUGCACAUAGUGUACAAUCUAGUUAUCCAGGACAGCAUGGAGCUAGCUACCCAGUACAGCAAGGAGCUACUUAUCAUAGUCCUGGAUCUCUUCCUCCUGGUGCAACUUAUUAUCCUGGUGGACAUGUGCCACAAGGUGUGCCUGCUGGUUACCCAGCAGGUUCAGCAUAUCCUGGAGGUCAUAUGCCAGUAGGUGGUGGUAGUUAUUAUCCUGCCGGUGGACACGUACCUCAAGGCGCAACAUACUAUCCAGCUGGUGGUGUGCCAGCUGGUGCAACUUAUAUACCAGCAGGUGCAUCUCUACCACCGGGUGCUACUUACUACCCACAACAGCCGCAAUCAUCAUCUUCUGGUUUAGGUUUUGGUUCAGGUUUAGCCGCAGGUGCUAUUGGAGGAGCUAUACUUGGUCAUGUUUUAACUCCAACUGAAACCAGAGUUGUAGAACAUGCACCAGCUCAGAGUGGAAGUGCUGGUGGCGAUGGUAAAAUAAUUAUUAUAAAUAAUGGUCAACCAGUUACAGCAACUCAAGCUGCUAAUGGAACUACUAUAAUAACAACAAAUGGAGAAACAGCACAACCACAAGCUCCUUCAAUGAAUGCACCACUUGCACCUAUGGCACCUAUGGCACCAGCAGUCAAUGGUUCUGAACCAGCUCCUGUUGCCGUUAAUGGUUCACAGCCGCUUCCACAAGAGCCUCCAGCAGGUGGAAUUAUAUGCGUGCCUGUACGUGUUAAUGAAACUGACCCAGCUGAUAGUUCUAAAAUGAUUGAGGUUGAAAAAGUUGCUUGCUAUCCAGCUCCACCACCACCACCACCACCUGCAGUUGAUGCCAAUGUUAAUGGAACAGUACCAUUGGCUCCAAUGAAUCCGAUUCCAAAUCAAUCUCAACAAAUACAACAAACUCCAACUCAGGCUACCCUAUUACCACAAGAUGCAAACGUACACAAGAGUGGUGUUAAUUCUUUAUACAACUAUAUUAGCUUUGCUACUUUGAUAGUGAGCUUGUUAGUGAGUUUUGGUUUUAAAUAAGCCAACUUAAAAUGUUUUUAAAAAAAUAUUAUAAUCUCUUAACCAUUAUUCGAAUGAGAAUUUAACAUUUCCAAUUUUAUUAUUCUAACUCAUGUUUUAGCAGUUUUUUUCCGUCCCAUAAGUUUAUGUAUUGUUUUUUGUUGCUGAAUUUAUAAGUAUUAAAAUUAUUAUAAAUAAUAUGUAAAAAAUUGAUUGUGAUGUUUAGCACCUUAAAAUUCGUAAAAAUCGAAUGUAAAUAACUUUAUAGAAUCUCUAAGGGAAUCAGAUUGACUAUUGUAAUAGAGUGAAUUGUAUUGUUUACCUCAUAUGAUAUUAAGCUUACCAUAUAUACCUAUAUUUUACUAAAGUAAAUUUUGAUUCAAUUUCGUGAUAGUACACUUAUAUAUUUUAUUAAUGUUAAUAAAGUUCUUCGCAGCACGCAAACAAUUUUGUGUUUUUAUUUGAUUGGCGAAACAAAUCGUAAUUAAAUGGAGAGAAAAUUUAGUAAUAAAUGUAUUAUAAUUAACAUUGCAUUUCAAAUAAUUGUCAUCUGCGGAAACAGGUUAUGACUUGUGUUAACAAGUUUUUUUACAUUCGUCAUCUUUUAUUUUUGUUGUCUCAAUUAGUUGUGGAGAACA